UUUGGAACCCGUUAACUCGAGACUGCCAUCAGUUGCCCCUGCCCGAUUGCUCUACGUUUUCUUUUGCGGCUGCAGGUAUAGGCUACGAUCAUGUUUCUGAUGACUACAAAGUUGUUAGGCUAGACACAAUUUCCCGUGGUGGAAAAUAUGUUUGUAGAACUCUUCUUUACAGUUUAAAGUUGGGUUCUUGGAAGAGAAUUAAGGAUUGUCCUGAUAAUUUUUUUGGUCUUAAUCGUGUUAAUGGGGUUUGUGUGAAUGGGAAAUUGCACUGGUAUGCAUGUGAAAUGAUUAUCACUUUAGAUCUUGUUACCGAAGAAUACGGUCAUAUCCCUAUACCUCCCGUAUCAUCCUCCAAAGAGAUAAUUGAUAUGUAUUUGGAUGCUAUUAGUGGGUUAUUAAUUUUGAGUUACACUUAUUUCACAAGCUCGGGAUGUCACUUUGAUGGAUGGGUGUUGCAAGAAUAUGGAGUAGAAAACCCUUGGGAGAAAUUGCUCUCGUUUCACCUUCCCUGUUUUGAGUCACCCAAACUUGUGGCUUACAUGAAGAACAAAAAGAAGGUUAUUCUGCAGCGUGACGAUGGUUUUUUUUGGGUCGAUAUUGAGAGCAAUUCAGUGAAGCAGGUCGCAUUUGAUGACCUCAUGGUCAUUUCUUCUCAAGUUUGUCCUGGAAGCCUCUACCGCCUCGAUGACCGUGGCAAUACCAGUAAACCUGUCUCAACUUUAACAGGAGGUGUGAAGAGAAAGAGAAAACAAAUCAAAAAGAGGACUAUUACAAGGCUGAAGAUCCAUAUAAGAAAGGGAAGUUACCGGAGUCCAGAACCUAGUUAUGAUUCUUCACUCGGUUCAUACGAGGCUGAUGAGUAUUGAGUACUCCAGUCCGUCUACGUACCAUGCUUAUUUUAGAUGGAACCUAUCAAUGACUUUGC